AUGCGGAGAGGGGCCUCCAACAAGCACGCCAUCUCUCUUCCCCCUGUCGAGCGCCCCAGUCGGAGCAGCACUUUCCAAACACUCUGCCCUCCAGACCAGCUGCUCAGAUUAAAAAGUAAAUAUAGCUAAAUCACGCAACACUUUAGAAGCACUUAGUAUUUCAUGGGUUAGGUGGAGUUAGUCGGGUGUAUUUGGUCUGUUUAAGCCACAGAUAACGUUUCCUGUGAUAAUGAAACUAUUGUUUAUAGUUGCACACUGGCUACAUUGCUCGAAUGUCAAUUUGUGAAUCAAGUCAAUCAAGUACAUUUUGGUUCUAAACGCGUAGAUAAUUUGAAAUUGAAGUUUGGGUGAUUCGACAAAAAUAUGAUUAUUAUAAGCAUGUAUGUGCAUAUACAAAUGCAUAGACAAGUGCAUAUACAAAAAAGUGGUGGUAGUCAGAAUUACAACGGUUCGGGAUAAUGUACGGAUGUUUGACUAUUUUUAGUAAAUUAUUUUGAUUGUGGAAAGUGCAACCUAUGACUCCAUCACUCGAUUUACUUUGGUAGAUGUGGUGUGCGCAUGCGCUCUGGUCAAACUAGGCUGAGGUGGGAAAACACGAUCGAUUCAUACAUUUUAGUUGAGAUGAACAGAACAAACCAACAUAAUCGUAAUCACGUUACCUCGUAAAUGAAAAUUGCAAAAGGUGAGAAAAAAUGUAACACGUUUGAUUUGACCAGUGAUUGCAUGUCUCUUAGCCAGGACAAGGCUACAACCUGUCUACAACCCCAGAGAGAGUUAACAGCAGAUCUCUAGAGCUAGCAACAAACAACCAACACAAAUGAUUGAGCUAAUAUGCUAACUUUUAUUAUAUAGUAUUCUAUAGUUGUCUUCCUCAUCAUAUAAUUAAUGUAUCUCCCUCGACCUACAGUGAGGGAAAAAAGUAUUUGAUCCCCUGCUGAUUUUGUACGUUUGCCCAUUGACAAAGAAAUGAUCAGUUUAUAAUUUUAAUGGUAGGUUUAUUUGAACAGUGAGAGACAGAAUAACAACAAAAAAAUCCUGAAAAACGCAUGUCAAAAAUGUUAUUAAUUGAUUUGCAUUUUAAUGAGGGAAAUCAGUAUUUGACCCCCUCUCAAUCAGAAAGAUUUCUGGCUCCCAGGUGUCUUUUAUACAGGUAACGAGCUGAGAUUAGGAGCAUACUCUUAAAGGGAGUACUCCUAAUCUCAGUUUGUUACCUGUAUAAAAGACACCUGUUCACAGAAGCAAUUAAUCAAUCCGAUUCCAAACUGUCCAACAUGGCCAAGACCAAAGAGCUCUCCAAGGAUGUCAGGGACAAGAUUGUAGACAUACACAAGGCUGGAAUGGGCUACAAGACCAUCGCCAAACAGCUUGGUGAGAAGGUGACAACAGUGGGUGCGAUUAUUCGCAAAUGGAAGAAACACAAAAUAACUGUCAAUCUCCCUCGGCCUGGGGCUCCAUGCAAGGUCUCACCUCGUGGAGUUGCAAUGAUCAUGGGAACGGUGAGGAAUCAGCCCAGAACUACACAGGAGGAUCUUGUCAAUGGUCUCAAGGCAGCUGGGACCAUAGUCACCAAGAAAACAAUUGGUAACACACUACGCCGUGAAGGACUGAAAUCCUGCAGCGCCCGCAAGGUCCCCCUGCUCAAGAAAGCACAUAUACAGGGCCGUCUGAAGUUUGCCAAUGAACAUCUGAAUGAUUCAGAGGAGAACUGCGUGAAAGUGUUGUGGUCAGAUGAGAUCAAAAUCGAGCUCUUUGGCAUCUACUCAACUCGCCGUGUUUGGAGGAGGAGGAAUGCUGCCUAUGACCCCAAGAACACAUCCCCACCGUCAAACAUGGAGGUGGAAACAUUAUGCUUUGGGGUUGUUUUUCUGCUAAGGGGACAGGACAACUUCACCGCAUCAAAGGGACGAUGGACGGGGCCAUGUACCGUCAAAUCUUGGGUGAGAACCUCCUUCCCUCAGCCAGGGCAUUGAAAAUGGGUCGUGGAUGGGUAUUCCAGCAUGACAAUGACCCAAAACACACAGCCAAGGCAACAAAUUAGUGGCUCAAGAAGAAGCACAUUAAGGUCCUGGAGUGGCCUAGCCAGUCUCCAGACCUUAAUCCCAUAGAAAAUCUGUGGAGGUAGCUGAAGGUUCGAGUUGCCAAACGUCAGCCUUGAAACCUUAAUGACUUGGAGAAGAGUGGAACAAAAUACCUCCUGAGAUGUGUGCAAACCUGGUGGCCAACUACAAGAAACGUCUGACCUCUGUGAUUGCCAACAAGGGUUUUGCCACCAAGUACUAAGUCAUAUUUUGCAGAGGGGUCAAAUACUUAUUUCCCUCAUUAAAAUGUAAAAUCAAUUUAUAACAUUUUUGACAUGCGUUUUUCUGGAUUUUUUUGUUGUUAUUCUGUCUCUCACUGUUCAGAUAAACCUACCAUUAAAAUUAUAGACUGAUAAUUUCUUUGUCAGUGGGCAAAUGUACAAAAUCAGCAGGGGAUCAAAUACUUUUUUCCCUCACUGUAGCUCGUUCUGCAAACCAAUCUACUACUGUAGCUACAGUAUAUCAGAAGGUACAUAGAAGGGCAGCUUCUGUAAUCUGGAGUGGCUAGCUAACACAGCUCAGCGAACAAAAAGAAGCCCCUUAGGGGAGUCUACAGCCAAUCAUCAGCCAUGAAGAUAGCUGUGGAAGGGUGUUGCCAUGGCGAGCUGGAUAAGAUCUAUGAGACAAUAGGCUAUCUGGAGCAGAAGGAAGGGGUGAAGGUAGACCUGCUGCUGUGUUGUGGAGACUUCCAGGCUGUGAGGAACGAGGGGGACAUGAAGUGCAUGGCUGUGCCGCAAAAGUACAGGCAGAUGCAGACCUUCUACAAGUUAGUUCCUUCCUAUCACCUCAUCUCUGCUCCCUCUCUGUCUCUCCUAUGUAGGUCCAGGAGUUUUUCCUGACCCACACAUGAACUGAUCCUGGAUAAACUCUGGAACCUACCUUACCCUGAGAGAUGGCUGUUGACCUCUAUGGCUUUAGACGCCAUAGGAAUCAACAGCCAUGUGGGUUAAACACAACCCUGUCAGUACUACUUAUGGUUCCUUUAGUUUAAGGGACAGUCUGUUGUAUUUCUGAUGUUUGUGUCUUGGUUGUUGCAGGUACUACUCUGGAGAGAAGAAGGCUCCGGUCCUGACCAUCUUCAUCGGGGUGAAUCAUGAGGCCUCCAACCACCUCCAGGAGCUACCGUACGGGGGAUGGGUGGCUCCCAACAUUUACUACAUGGGUAACUCUGGAUACAAAGUUAACACGCAUAUUACAAGUUCCACAGAUUGACAUCUCAAGGCCACCUGCCCAUCAGGAAAUUCAGGAGCAGUUUUCACUUGCUUGAAAAUGUUAUUGUUCAUCUAAUAAUAACAGUGUAUGUGGUGUUCCAUCAGGUUAUGAUGGCAUUGUGUGCUACAAAGGAGUAAGGAUUGGCGGCUUGUCUGGAAUCUUCAAAGGGCAUGAUUACAGGAAAGGUGAGGUCAAAAAGCACUAGUAGAUAUAUCCUCCUGUCCCUGCAAAUGCGUUGCAGCCCAACCAUCUUUAACAUUGAAUCAAUGUCCUUCCUUAAAGGGCAUUACGAGUUCCCUCCAUAUAACCCAGACACUCUACGCAGUGUUUACCACAUCAGGAACAUCGAUGUCUUCAAACUCAAACAGGUGACUACCACUUACAAGGUUAAUAUAUCAUUAUGUCCCCCCCCCAUUAUAUCAUAUAUGUCAUCAUGCCUCCCCUAUUUUGCCACUAGAUCCAGAUGACUGUGGAUGUCUUCCUGACCCAUGACUGGCCUCGUGGGAUCUACCAUUAUGGCAGCACGGGGGAGCUGCUGAGGAAGAAGAAGUUCCUGAGACAGGAGGUGGGUCCAACACACUGGGUAGUCCUGCAGCUGCAGAGCUCCUGGCCCAUCUGCAGCCUAACUACUGGUUCUCUGCACACCUCCAUGUCAAGUUUGCUGCCCUUAUGCAGCACCCGGUGAGCUGAACUGACUAUGGUUAUGUAGAGACUGCUGUGGAUAUUCAGAGAUGUGAUUAUUUCUGUUUAAUCAGAAUUACGAUUCUUUAUCCUGAUUGUCAUUGUUGUGUUGCUAGGUCACGGAACUGAUAUUUCCUAUGCAGCACUGGUUAUAUUGCUGCUCUGUUUUUCCCUACAGGCCAAAGAUGAUGCUGCCGCCCGCACUACCAAAUUCCUCUCACUGGAUAAGUGCCUCCCCUACAGGGACUUCCUACAGGUGAGAGAGAGAGAGAAGAUGAUGACACGUGGCAUGGAUGGCAAGUGAUUAUGGUCUAGUUUCAUAGAUUCAGAUUAAACUUUCUCCUGAAUUUAUGGAGAAUCUGUUCAUCUUGGUCUGUGAAACAGCUUGCUUGAAAGUCCUGUUUUGUGCUAGUAAGGGCUAUAGGUGUGUUCUCUAUGGUGCAUGUCUGAGUUGAUGCUGACUUGUAGGGUGUGUGUUUCAGAUCGUAGAGGUAGCAGACAGAACUGGAUCGUCCCAGGGUCUGGAGUAUGAUCCAGAGUGGCUGGCCAUCCUGAAGGCUACAGACAGCCUGCUGACUGUCAGCCCUAACUACUGGAACCCUCCACAGAACAACGGCUUGCACACAAGGUCAGAUACUCACUCUGUCUCUAUUCCUCUCUCUCUCUGUCUCUCUCUCUCUCAUACAUUCGACACCCACUACACACCCUGCUAUCUCACUUAUACACUUCUCUCUCACACACAUGCAUACAUACAGUGGGGAGAACAAGUAUUUGAUACACUGCCGAUUUUGCAGGUUUUCCUACUUACAAAGGAUUUAGAGGUCUGUAAUUUUUAUCAUAGGUACACUUCAACUGUGAGAGACGGAAUCUAAAACAAAAAUCCAGAAAAUCACAUUGUAUGAUUUUUAAGUAAUUAAUUUGCAUUUUAUUGCAUGACAUAAGUAUUUGAUCACCUACCAACCAGUAAAAAUUCCGGCUCUCACAGACCUGUUUGUUUUUCUUUAAGAAGCCCUCCUGUUCUCCACUCAUUACCUGUAUUAACUGCACCUGUUUGAACUUGUUACCUGUAUAAAAGACGCCUGUCCACACACUCAAUCAAACAGACUCCAACCUCUCCACAAUGGCCAAGACCAGAGAGCUGUGUAAGGACAUCAGGGAUAAAAUUGUAGACCUGCACAGGGCUGGGAUGGGCUACAGGACAAUAGGCAAGCAGCUUGGUGAGAAGGCAACAACUGUUGGCGCAAUUAUUAGAAAAUGGAAGAAGUUCAAGAUGACAGUCAAUCACCCUCCGUCUGGGGCUCCAUGCAAGAUCUCACCUCGUGGGGCACCAAUGAUCAUGAGGAAGGUGAGGGAUCAGCCCAGAACUACACGGCAGGACCUGGUCAAUGACCUGAAGAGAGCUGGGACCACAGUCUCAAAGAAAACCAUUAGUAACACACUACGCCGUCAUGGAUUAAAAUCCUGCAGCGCACGCAAGGUCCCCCUGCUCAAGCCAGCGCAUGUCCAGGCCCGUCUGAAGUUUGCCAAUGACCAUCUGGAUGAUCCAGAGGAGGAAUGGGAGAAGGUCAUGUGGUCUGAUGAGACAAAAAUAGAGCUUUUUGGUCUAAACUCCACUCGCCGUGUUUGGAGGAAGAAGAAGGAUGAGUACAACCCCAAGAACACCAUCCCAACCAUAAAGCAUGGAGGUGGAAACAUCAUUCUUUGGGGAUGCUUUUCUGCAAAGGGGACAGGACGACUGCACCGUAUUGAGGGGAGGAUGGAUGGGGCCAUGUAUUGCGAGAUCUUGGCCAACAACCUCCUUCCCUCAGUAAGAGCAUUGAAGAUGGGUCGUGGCUGGGUCUUCCAGCAUGACAACGACCCGAAACACACAGCCAGGGCAACUAAGGAGUGGCUCCGUAAGAAGCAUCUCAAGGUCCUGGAGUGGCCUAGCCAGUCUCCAGACCUGAACCCAAUAGAAAAUCUUUGGAGGGAGCUGAAAGUCCGUAUUGCCCAGCGACAGCCCCGAAACCUGAAGGAUCUGGAGAAGGUCUGUAUGGAGGAGUGGGCCAAAAUCCCUGCUGCAGUGUGUGCAAACCUGGUCAGGUCCUACAGGAAACGUAUGAUCUCUGUAAUUGCAAACAAAGGUUUCUGUACCAAAUAUUAAGUUCUGCUUUUCUGAUGUAUCAAAUACUUAUGUCAUGCAAUAAAAUGCAAAUUAAUUACUUAAACAUCAUACAAUGUGAUUUUCUGGAUUUUUGUUUUAGAUUCCGUCUCUCACAGUUGAAGUGUACCUAUGAUAAAAAAUUACAGACCUCUACAUGCUUUGUAAGUAGGAAAACCUGCAAAAUCGGCAGUGUAUCAAAUACUUGUUCUCCCCACUGUAUUUGCAUAUGUAUACUUACAGACCACCCCUCACUUACGCACCCACACCAACUGGUGUAAUGUGCUGGUCAUGAUCUCUGUGUCUAACUACUUCUGUAUGUUGUCCAGGUGGGACUUCAGUGCGUCUGAGGCAGCCAUGAUGGAGGCUGUGGGUGAACUGGGAGGUGAGCUGUCCAUCCCAGACAACUUCAGCCUGACCGUGCCAGCCUACGACCCUGCCUGGCCCCAGCCCAAUGCCCACCCCAGCUACAGCACCAACCCCCAGACCACCAAGCUCUGUGCCACCCUGGGCCUCACAGACAUCUAUGCCCAGGUCGGGGGACAGAUGGACACAGGAGCCCCAGAGCUGGAGGAUGAUGAUGUCCAGAGUGGGGAUGAACCCAGUGAGUACCCUAGUGACACCUCAGGUCUGUCCAGCUCCAACCCUGAUGAGAUCACCAUAGAGGAAGAGUGGGAUGAAGAAGAGGGAGGAGAGAAAAAUGGUAAGGGGGAGAGCCCUGAUGCAGUGGUGCCUGAGGGGGAGACAGGGAACGCAGGAGGGAGACGGAACUCAGGGAGCCUCUCUAGAGAGCUACCCCCCAGUCGCAUGGUCCUGUCCAUGCCGGAGCCCAAAUCCCGCUUCUCCCUCAUGCCUGUCCCUCAACCUGCCUACCCCCUCUCACUCCUCACCCCUGGAAGGGGAAAAGGAGGGGGAGGAGCCCCAUUAUCGGAUCCCCAAGCGCACCAGUGGGGAAAAGGGGGACCCCAGCAGUACAGGCAGCAACCCCAGGAUCAAACGCAGGAACCAGGUCAUCUACACAGCAGUCGACGACAAGGAGAGUGAGGACUAGGGCUCGAACUUGACCCAGGUUUUGGUGGGAACUGUUGUGAAAUAUACAAGAUUCUCAUGAUCUUCUUUCUUUAUUGAUAUUGUCUGUUAAUGGGAACCUAUUGUCCUUCUUGAUUGCAAACCAA